AUGCCGUUGUCGGCUUCAAGAAAAAGGAUCAGGGGAGGAAGAGCCCUCAGAGGGUCUCGACGCACUAAGAUUCCCAGGAAUCUGAAACUCGGGAAUUCGCACGUCAUUCCAAGUACAUUACCAUCUGUAUCGGAAGAAAAGGAACUUACUGAUCUUGAAGAGGGGGGCGACGCCUCAUCAGCUGCCAUGGGCGCGGCGGGCGAGAUUCAGGCAGCGCGAGAAUGCGACGGCAUUGCUGCAGCUCUACGAGAAGCAGAGUUCGAGCGCCUAGAAAAGGAAAAUGCUCAAGCAGAGCUGGAGGCCCUGCACCAGGAGGUUGACAUGCUGCACGGGCGGCUGAAGUGCAGCCAAAAAGAAAUCAGGAGUCUGAGGGAAACGGUCUCAUUGAAUUCCUCGGCGGCGGUGGACAGAGUUGCUCUGAAGGAGGAGUGUGAUCUGUUGAAGGAUGAACUUCACAGAUGUCAGGAGACAUUGAAAACUGCGAAAGCUGAUAGCGCCCGCCGAGCUAGGGCGAUGCAGCUCAUGCAACAGAAGCUCGAUGAAGAGAACAAUACCACUGCUCUGGCAGCAGAAAUGGAGGCAGAGCGAUCUGAGAAGGCAUCGGUGGUGUCUAAAUGGCAGAAUGCCAAAAACUGCAUUGUCCGAAAAGACACGGUGAUCAGGGAGCUGAAGAGAAAACUCGAGGAGUCCCAAAAUGCAUUAGGGAUGCACAAAGAUGCGGCGGUCCACGACGCACACCAGACACCGGAGGGACGCGCAAAGCAGCUUCAGGCGGCAUUGAACAGGAAAGAUGCUCUUAUAAACAGUUUGCGGGGCAAACUGGAUGAGCUAACCUUCGAGACUGCGCAGACGUCAUUGAAGGGUGAUGAUCUGGAGAGGCACCUGAAGUCUGCGCAGCACAUGAAGCAGGAGCUGCGCAAGAAAACCACGGAAUUGUCUGGAUGUCGUGAGGAGCUGGACCAGGUGAUGGCAUCACUCUGA